AGGUUCUUUUUUGGACGGAGGGGGUAAUAGUAUAUGAUUAUAUGUCAUGCAAGUGUUUGCGAGACAGCAGCUUUGGUACACGGUUAGACCGCAACCAUAAAUAGUGGGGGUCAGCGACUCUGCAUCGUCAGCUUAGCUUCCUUUUGGAGCUGCUGCUGUUUCUCCUCUGCCUAUAAAAAGGGCUUCAGCUCUCGAUUUCCAUUUCUGAAUUAUCAUCGCCUGAAGAGCAAUUCAAGAGGAGAGGAGAGGAGAGCUAGCUAAGGCAGCCAUGGAUUACUGCAAGCAGCAGGAGCGAGACGGGCACCGCGACGAUGGCGAUGUGACGGAGUGGAAGAAGGUGGCCGAGCUGAGAGCCGUCGUCGAAGCCCAGGACCCUGCAUGCAAGGAGGAGGACGACUACCAGCUGCGCCGGUUCCUGCGCGCGAGAGACCACAACAUCGGCAAGGCGUCGGCGAUGCUGGUGAAGUACCUGCAGUGGAAGCGCGAGGUGAAGCCCGGCGGCCGCGCCAUCGCCGACGAGGAGGUGCGCGGCGAGCUGGCGCAGGAGAAGCUCUACAUGCAGGGCUACGACCGGCAGGGGCGCCCCCUGGUGUACGGCUUCGGCGCCCGCCACUUCCCGGCGCGCCGCGACCUCGACGAGUUCAAGCGCUACGUCGUCUACGUCCUCGACCGCACCUGCGCCCGCCUCGGCGGCAAUGGCGGGCAGGAGAAGUUCGCCGCCGUGGCCGACCUGCAGGGGUGGGGGUACUACGGCAACUGCGACAUCCGCGCGUACGUGGCGGCGCUGGAGAUCAUGCAGAACUACUACCCGGAGAGGCUGGGGAGGGUGUUCUUGAUCCAUGUCCCCUACGUGUUCAUGGCGGCCUGGAAGAUCAUCUACCCCUUCAUCGACGACAACACCAAGAAGAAGUUCGUCUUCGUCGCCGACAAGGACCUCCACGCCACGCUCCGCGACGCCAUCGACGACUCCAACCUCGCCGAGGACUACGGCGGCAAGCUCAAGCUCGUCUCGCCCCUUAUUAAUGGCGCCACCGAAUCCAAUCGCCGCCGGUAGAUAGCUCUCGCGUCGCGUGCAUGAAGAUCGAUAUGAUGUAUGUACACCCAUCUCGAGAUCCAAUUUAAUGGUAUGUAUGUAGCACGUGUACGGUGUACGUGAAUGUAUGUUACUAGUAUGUAUACGGGACAGGAGGACACUACGAAUUCGAGGACGUACGUGCGUGCUAUAUACAUUGAAUUACGGCUCUGAACAGUACUGAUCAUGAAUGAUCACUGUUGAUGAGAAAUGCAAGUUCGUCUGCAUCAAAGCAUGCAUCUUGUUGGCAAUCAAAACAUAUACUCCCUCCGUCCCAUAAUAUAAGAGAUUUUAAGU